AUGUCUACCCGCAAGAGAAAGGCGGACCCCGAGGAGGAGCUCCAGGCUCUCCCCAGUGAUGAGAGUGAAGAGGAAGAGGAGUAUGAAGACUCCGAGCCUGAUCUUUCGGAUGUGAGUGACGAGGGCGAGGAGGAAGAAGGCGUUCUGGGAGAGUACGACGAAAGUGAGGACGAGGAAGAGGGAGAGGAAGAGGGUGAAGGAGAAGGUCCCCCCGCCCACAAGAAGCAGAAGACCGAGAACGGCACCAAUGGCAAAAAGAAGGAGGUAGAGGAAGAGGGGAAUGAGGAGAAAGAAGAGGACGAGGAGGAAGAAGAGCCGGCCGAGGAGGAAGGCGAGGACGAGGAUGCAGACGAUACUGCGGAGACUAGUGGCCCUGCUGCGGCGGCAGCGAAGGCCAAGGGUAGUGUCGUUCCUAAGGAAUCCGAUCUUCCCGAGGUUGAUGCUGCCGAGUAG